AUGAGAAAUUCCAACACAGGAGAAUCACCUAAUCGCCGGAAUCAAUGCAACGUCUAUAACUCCCUGAAUAGUCACUUGCGAAAUUGGGGUGAUGAAGAAGAUGUGGACAUAACCCCCCAGCAGAAGGAUGGGUCGCCAGGCAAAUACUCCAGGGGGUGCGUUACACAUGGCAACGAAAUGUCACCGUGCGGUGUGUUAGGAUCCCUUAGGAAGAACACAUCCAAUGGAAACGAAGAAAUAGAGCAGAAGCAGAAUGUUCGUUUCCUUCAAGUUGACGAAUCGGUUCGGUACCUUCCCGAUAAUGCAUUUAACUUUGACUGCACACCUACCACUUCUAUGACCGUCUCCACAACGACACCGAUGUAUGGUUACUCUCAUGGUAAUUUUCACAACCUGGAGAGUGAUAUUUCUCCUAUGUUUGAUGAUCUCCUCGUAGAUGACAUACACGCUGGUGAAAGGAGAUACUUCAGAUUAGGGUCGGCCACUGCAGAUACCCCUGGGGCACGUUUUGAGGUGGCGGCGAGAUCAGGUGGGCCCGUACCCAAUGCGGACACCGCGCAAGGAGGGCAGGGUGCGCACAAUGGGCACAGCGCACACAACCCUAGGGAGAAAACAGGAUGUAACCUCUCAUCGAGGAAGAAAACUAAAGGACGAAGAACCCUGUUCACCAGUUUCUGCAGAACAGUGAGUCUACUCUGCAACGAAGUUCUUUCCAAAUCAUUCCAAACGAUGAUAUCGUACGUAAUUACGACCUCGUUUUUUAUUUGUUUGAAUUUGUACGUAUCUAAUUCUUGUACAUAUGAAGAGAUAGGAGGGUUCGGGGUGGCCGUGUCAGUGAUUACGUUACUCAAUGCAGUAGUCGACGGAGUCGGCAACAGUUUGGAUUACUUCUGUGGUUGCUCCAUCGGGAUGGCAAAAACUGAUUUAUCCCUCCUGUACUUAAACAUAGCAUACCACACCUUUUAUUCGUUCUUCGCGAAAGUGGUGAUAGUUUUUUUCCUAGCGAAGAUUCUGUUUCUCCUGUUUUUGAAUUACCUUUACGCGGGUGUCAUUGGCAACGUCAUUGGCAGCGUCAUUGGUAAAGUCUUUGGUAAAGUCUUUGGUAAGGUCGAUGGUAAUGUCGUUGGUAAUGUCCUUGGUAGCGUUGAUGAUCCGAGUAAGCACGCUGAGCACGUCCAGAUGAUCCAUGUGUUCUGCUCAAGUCUGCAAAUAUUGCUCGUUUCGUUUUUCCCUCAAUUUGUUUAUGAGUGUACUAGACGUUAUUUGAUUCUUCAUAAUUACAUAUACCCCAGUUUGUUCUCUUCCUUUGUCUCCUUCAUUUUGUUGAAUUUUUUUAGCUACCUCUUCGUCUUUGCCUUAGACAUGAAGUAUGUCGGGGCCUGUUUGUCUUUGCUACUCACCAAUCUUUUUAAUUUUUUCUGUGUGUUGUACUUUUUGAGGAUCCACUUGGCCCGGUGUGUGUCUUCUGAGGGGAACUCGCACCAGUUAGGCACUAACGCGGAGGAGGUUCUACUUUGCGGAGACCACUACGUAGAGGUGGGAGAGACGGAGGAUUCACUGAAGGGAGAGAAUAGCGAAGAGGAGAUCGUUGACACGACUGGAGACGAAUUUGAAGACGACCUACUGGACAGGGCACACAGGGGGUUAAGCAGGGAAUCAGGUGAAGACCCGCUGGAGUUCCUUCACGGAGGUGACCGAAGAAUCUACAACCUGGCCUUCCUCUUUUUUCACAAGCCAGCAGACGACGAACGAAAAAGAGCCUUCAUAAGAAUCACGCGAACAAAUAUAAAGAAUAUAUUUUUCGAAAUAUUGUCCUUCGAGUUCCAGCUAUUCGAGGCUACCUACCUCAGCCUUUCAUCCGUGGCUACCUUCGUCCAAAUAAAUAACAUUCUAAAUUUGGUCUAUUACGUAUCUAACUCUUAUGGCAUCGUCCUUAGCAAGCUGAUCAGUAUUUAUGCCUCGUCGGGCGUGGGGAAGUGGAAGAGCAGGCAGAAGAGAACGGAUGGACGACAUUACCAGUUUGGGAUGGAGCCUCUGUGUAGUGGUGGAACAGAGUGGGUACAACAGGAAACCCAAAGCAAAGAGGACGAACACAGAAAAGGAGCAUCCCCUUCAAUGGCUCUACAUAACCCACAAGAACAUAUCAUGUGUGAAUUAAAGCCCCGUAGAAACAGAAGAAGAAUAGUAAUAACCCUAGUGGACAUAGUACUUGCCUUUUCCCUCAUGUUAACCUUCCUGUCCCUAUGCUUGUUUGCAGUUUAUUUCUAUCGAGAUCAGAUAAUACCGUUCGUUUUCAGUAAUGUAAAUAUACAGAAAGAAUUAGAAGGGAUAAUUUUGGUCCUCGUUGUGGAACUUUUUUUGGAAAUACUGGCUUCUUUACUAAAUAGUAUUAUAAAGGGUCUAAGUCUUCAGGAGGAAAUAUCUUCCUUCACCUUUUUCAACUUCCUGUUCUUCAUGCACCCCCUGGGGCUUCUGUUGACAUUUAUUUUGCAUUUUGAUAUUUAUGGCUUUGUGUAUUCUAAUCUCGUCAGUAUGGCUGUGCAGGUCGCUUACUUGGUUGUCUUCCUUGCUCUUCGCGCACGGGGGGGGCGAGUUCCUUUCGGGAAGAGUCAGUAA